CCACUUUCCCAAUCCAAACUAACACCUAACGCUAAUAUGGACAGACAAAGAAGCCCACAGAUCUAGUUCAUGUGCGACAAAGGUGCAAGCAAAAAGCCCAUCUAGAACUUUUCAAUCUGCAGAUACAAAUACACAUUCACAUUUAAAUGUAUGCGUAUGUAAUUGGCAAAUGCUGAAUGCUAAGAGUGAAAGUGAAAAGGCAACUCAGUGAAAAUGGCACUUAAUUUUGUCACACAUUGCAAUAUUUGGAUUUAGUUGCGGCAAGUACUUCGAAACGAACGCACGCUUUCUUUAAAAAUAAAAAAUAAUAAUAAAUGCCAGGAUAUAAAAUAGCAAUAGUUUUCUAAGCAACAUAACUAUACAAAAGCACAACUAAAAUAUCAAAAAUAUUUUCAUAAAAUAAAAAAGAUAUUUCAUUAAUAAUUGAACACGAAAGCAAAUAUUUCAACAAUUUGAAAGUUCAGCCAAAAUGAAAAGAUUUGCCUGUUUGAAUCUGCGCACUUUGGGCCUCAGCAUAGCCUGCUUGGAUGCACUAAUUGCUCUGAGCAUCCUGAGCCUGUGCAGCUAUCAUCUGUACAAUGACUUUAUGGACUUGAACCAAUGGCAGCAAAAUGAUGUGCAGAUCUUGAGUCCCUUUGGAACAUUUGUGGCCACAUUGGUCGACUAUGUGCUGGUCCAUGAAUUCUCACAGGCUUUUUAUAUGAUACUCACAGUGACCGUUUGGGUUAAGGCACUGAUAAAUCUAGUGGUGGCUGGCAUUCUCGUCGAUGGCAUCAAACAGCAACGACUUAUUUCAAUUGCCCCCUGGUUGAUCAAUGCGUGCGUAUCUAUGGUCAUAGAGGUGGCUGUAUUCGUAAGCUUGGAGCUGAAAAUUGACGAAGUGGAUGCCUCCAUAGAUCGACGCAUAGCACGUAGUGUGCUCUUUGGUGUUUUUACAGUUCUGAAUGCGCUGUUUACAUACGCCAUUUAUGCGCUCUAUCGCAUGUUGAAAUCAUCGACAAAUGAGAAUCGAGCCCUGCAGGAGAGCAUUGUGGAAACCUCGGGUAUGUUUCAGCAUAUCAAGGUUUGAAACGUUGACUAGCAAUUAAUUGGAAUUCUAUACACAUCUGAACGAACAGAAAGCAAACUUAUUUAAAUGGAUUUCACUAAAUCAAGGUAUUUUCUUAAUUAAUGUACAAGCAUUUAUGUAAUGGAACAAAUAAAACGAACAACCCAGAA